CGGAUGUGGGUUUUUGCAAUGGAGUUGGCUGGAGGCUUUUAAGAAUCCUUAGAUCCCAAACUUUGGAAGGCAGGGAGAAGGCCAAAAACACUGCUCAUGAGGGAAGGAGGACACCUCUCUCAAUGCCACCUCAGAUGCAGCCAAGGUCAGUAAUGGAAAAAGAGAGAUCUCUCUGGAGACGGGAGACAUGAGCACAGGGACCAAAGACUUAGAAAACACCUCCAUCCCAUCUCCAUGAGCUGAUCUGGUGCUAUGCUAAUGAAGCAGUCCUCCCCAGUUACGAGACAGGAGGACCUUGCUGUAUUUCCUCAGUGGAUUUUAGAAAUGGUACAGACCAGUGAUUUCUGUGUCUCCAGAAAGUGAGGCAGGACCAGGUUUCAUUCCACUCAGGACUGAAGCCUGAGUUCUAUGGGUGACUUCAUAAUGCCCAGGGUGGUUCCCAGCAUCCUUUUGUAGCAGGCUACCAUGUUGGCCUCCCUGUGGCUGCUUAGCCUUUCUCUCCCCACUCUGUGGGCAGAGAUAUUAAUCAGAUGUUCCUAUAAGAGUCUCUGCCAGCAGGCCCUAGUCUCGGGCAAUGAUGUUGUCCUGCAAUGUGACUACCCCAAGGCACUCUGGUACUUCUCUUCCAUUUUGGGGGAAGAUCCCUUCCUGCUCUCCUCUGUGCCGAACAUAAAGAAACUUCCUGGGGGCAGCCUUCAACUGACCAACCCUCAGCCGUCCCAGACAGGCCUUUAUCACUGCCAGGACAGUGACAAUGCCCUUGUGGUAGAGUAUGAGAUUGACUUCCAAGAUGUCAGCACCCUGCACAUCACCCACAGAGGCCUGGGCCAGAAACCCCUGCAGAACGAGACCCUGAGUCUGGGUGGUCGUGUGCUCGUCUUUACCCACUGGGAGCCCUGGCAGGACUGUAACCGCUGUGGGGAGCCCGGGGAGCGGAAGCGGCUGGGCUUCUGCUACAUCGAGGAGCCCCAGGAAAAAGCCAUGCCGUGCUGGCUCUACCUGAGAGGGGAGAAGACCCGCUCCAGCCGUCUGCGGACCGAACUGCAGGUGGAAGCCUGUCUUGUACCCUGCGACCAUGUCAAGGAAACCAACCAGCCAUACUUCAUCUUUGACAUUUACCCAUUGGGCAAGUUGACCAACAACAUGUGGCUUACCUGCCCCUUGGCUUCCAUCUACAGGUGAUCAGACCAGGGCAUUAGCCCUGCCUUUGAUCCUUGCCUAGGCUCUGUCUCCUAUGCCCCCGGGGCAGGGGUUCGCCUUCCAAAGGAAACGCAGGCUCUGUCUCCCAGCCCAUAAGCAUUCAUGGUCAGUCUGUCCAGGAAGGGGUCUCUUCACUGGCUUGUCCAGAGGUUCAUUCAGUAGGAACUGCUUGUGUCCAUUCUGAGCCAGACUGUGGGCAGGUGGUGCUGGGGACACAGCAGGGACCGGAAAGGUUGAGCCUCUGCCCUCCUAGGCACCUGAUAUUCAGGAGUGACCAAAUGUAAAACCUUGGCUUUGGUCAUCCAUGCCAACAUCAUCACUAGUGUUGUUUCUGUGUCCUCACUGGACUCUGACGGAUACAAUUUGUCUGUCCGUCCUUGCACCGAUGUCACAGCAUUUUUAUUACUAUACCUUUAUAAAAAGUCAUGAUAUCUGGUAUUAUAGAUUUUCCAGCUUUGUUCUUCAGGAUUGUCUUGAUUAUUCUUGGCCUUUUGUAUAAAUAUUCUGGAAUCAGCUUGUAGUUUCCAUCCCCCCAAAAUCCUAUUUUUUAAUAAAUUGGAACUUCGUUGACUCUAAAGCUAAAUUUGGGUAGAAUCAAUAUAUUACAAUAUGCAGAUUUCUAAUCCACAAACAUCAUAAAUAUUCCCAUUAUGUAAGUUUUGUUUAAUUUCUCCCAGUAAUGUACAGUUAUUAAUAUAGAGAUCUUAUGUAUAUUUUAUUAUAUUUAUUCCUGAGUAAUUGAUUUUUCAUGUUAUCACAAAUUGUAUCUUUUUUAUGGCUAUUUUGCA